GACAACAUCCCUCCUGAGGCUGAAGAAACGCGCAAGAACUCGCAACACUACAUUACUAAAAGAAGAGGAGCACGAAACAACUCGAAUUCGGUGGACAGACAAACGGUGAAUCGUUCUCUUCAAGCAAGAUUUUGUUUUUGACCACACUGAAUUUUAAAGGAAUAGCAAUCGGUUUGUUUUGACUCUUCACACAUCAGUUAGUCCUGUACCUUGAUGAUGAGGAGACAUUUUCGCGCUUUUUAACUCGAGGACUGACAUUUUCGCGACAAGAUUUCGCUAUUAUCAAUGCGUUUACCGGACGAUACUAUGAACUCUUUCUAUGAACGUCUCACAAAAAUGACCGCGAGCCUAAUAAUGAACGGACAUCUGUCAAAGGAGGUUGCUGGAAGUACAACUCAGUCCUGUUUAUAGUUUAUUUUAACUGUAGGAGUUCAUGAACUGAUUUGUUUGUUGUAUGGACACGAUAUUUAUGAAAAUGAGCGUUUCCAUCCUCUCUGUAACCUGUUUGAUGGCUUGCCUGCUCUCGGUUCAGUGUAGUAGUCUGGGAGCGGAGACCGGCUCCCAGGAGUCUCAGUGUGUGUCUUGUGGACUCGGGCAUCAGGAAGAUUCGGGGAGAAUGGACACAGACUUUCUGGAAGCGGUUAAAAGGCACAUAUUGAACCGACUGCAGAUGAGAGAGAGACCAAAUAUCACUCAUCCCAUUCCCAAAGCCGCCAUGGUAACGGCGCUGCGCAAACUUCACGCGGGUAAAGUUAGGGAGGACGGCAGGGUUGAGAUCCCCAACUUAGAUGGACACGCUGCCCACAACGAGGUGCAAGAAGAAACGUCGGAAAUCAUCAGUUUUGCCGAAUCAGAUGAUGUAACUCCAUCCAAGUCCAGCCUCUACUUUCUGAUCUCCAACGAGGGGAAUCAGAACCUCUACGUGUUGCAGGCAAAUCUGUGGCUGUAUUUUAAGCUGAUGCCAGGUACUCUGGAGAAGGGCCUGCGGCGAAAGGUGACAGUGAGGGUGCACUCCUAUGAGCCUGGUGGGCAGAACGUGCACUGGCCCAUGAUGGAGAAACGUGUUGAAUUGAAACGUAGCGGCUGGCACACCUUCCCUGUGUCUGAGGCCAUACGGGAAAUGUUGGCUAAAGGAGGUCGCCGACAAGACCUCGACAUCCACUGCGAGGGUUGCGAGGCCGCCAAUGUUCUGCCCAUCUUGGUGGACCCAAGUGACCCCUCUCACCGACCCUUCCUGGUAGUCCGGGCACAGCAGGCAGAUGGAAAACACCGCAUCCGAAAGCGAGGCUUGGAGUGUGACGGCAACAACGGAGGUUUGUGCUGCCGACAGCAGUUUUACAUCGACUUCCGGCUCAUUGGGUGGAACGACUGGAUCAUUGCGCCAGCAGGGUACUAUGGGAACUACUGUGAGGGCAGCUGCCCUGCUUAUAUGGCAGGUGUUCCAGGCUCUGCCUCGUCAUUUCACACAGCAGUGGUCAACCAGUACCGCAUGAGAGGCAUGAGUCCCGGAUCUGUUAACUCCUGCUGCAUACCCACUAAACUCAGCACCAUGUCAAUGCUCUACUUCGAUGACGAGUACAACAUCGUCAAACGUGACGUGCCUAACAUGAUCGUGGAGGAGUGCGGCUGUGCCUGAACAAAAUCCAUGUUAGGACAGCAGUGACAGUCAUAUUUAUGGUCUUUCUGAACCACAUGCAUAUAGAUUGCGUUAAUAUUUGUGCACUCACAAAGUACAAUCACACACGUCUGUAUGUGUGUGUGUGUGUGUGCAUCAAGCAGUAGAUCAUCAGACAGGUGGAUAUAAAGGCUAGGGAUGAUAAGGGAAAGGAAACACCAAAUGGUUGAACUCUAGUUUGCCAUUUCUAGACUUAAAAAAAAUGGCUCAAACUUUCUAACAGCGAACUGGUGUCAUGCUUUGACAUGAGUACUUAGAGACUGUUGUACAAGCACUGACAUAUCUCAAUGUCCCUCCUACUUCAGAACACCAGCACUUCCAACAGCUCAUAUAAGGCAAUAUGACAAAUCAUUCCAGCUGAUGUAGAGAUUUCUAAAUCAGUGCGCAUCAUCCCAGUCCUUCUCAGAGGCUUUCCCACAGCAAUGACUCCAGCUGUCUGCGCUAUUGUCAAAUAAAUAGUGAGGCUUCAACCCAGACUGCAAGCACCUUUGGCCAAGAUCAUCUUGAAACUAAAACCACUUCCAUCGUUCCACUUAACUUAACUGUGGCUGACUGCAUAACAAGAUCUUGAGGUCUAACCGGUACAGCGCAAAGUUCACCUGCACACUUCAGUGGCUGACAAACGCUUGCAGCGAUGUGCGUUCCACAGAGCCUCUUUUACUCUGUCCAGCUGGUUUACAGGGAGUACAGCACUUGCGAAAACUCUCGAAAUGCACAAUUUAAAGCACUUGCAUAUUGCAAAGCCUUCAAAAGGGUACAACGAGGUGGACCUACCCUUGCCCAUAGUCCUUUUAAUAUAAAGUGCCGCACGAACUAUGCAAUGUAUAGUAAUCCUGAACAAUGUCAAACAAACUGAAAUCUUCUUUCUGCUUGUCUUUAACUCUGUAUCAAUACUUGAAAUGUGAUCUUUCGCUUGCUUUCCAAAGCGGAUGAUUGUUACGAUGUUUGCACUGAAAAGUUGCGGGAUUAGUUAAAAGACAAAAAAAUAAAUCUGCCAUUGAAAAUGUUAUUUUUGUAGUAAAACUGAAUAUUUGUAAACAACAAAAAAAAAAUUAAUUGUACCAAAGAGGCCAAUAUUUUAGCUAUUGUAAUAAGGUGGCAAGGCCAUUCCAAUAUUUGUAAAAUAAUUGUUGAUCCUUCUCAAGAGGCCUAAUAAUCAGGGUACAACAUAAUGGAUUCCAUUUAUAGCUCUGUCUAAUUUUUGUAUGCCAUGUACAGAAAACCGAUGAAACACAAUCUUUUCCUUGUCUUUAAUUUUCCAGUCUUCUAUUUAAUAAAAGUUAUUUCUUAGCUGUUGUCAUUUAGUUCAACGGAUGUCAUCUCUGUACAGAUUAUGUAAAAUAAAA